UUCUGUAGAGCAGGGGUGUCAAACUGGCGGCCCUCCAGCUGUUGCGAAACUACAAGUCCCAUCAUGCCUCUGCCUUUGCGAGUCAUGCUUGUAACUGUCAAUCUUGCAAUGCAUCAUGGGACUUGUAGUUUGGCAAUAGUUGGAGGGCCACCAGUUUGACACGUCUGUUGCCGAACUACAAGUUCCAUGAAGCAUUGCAAGAUUGACAGCUACAAGCAUGACUCCCAAAGGCAGAGGCAUGAUGGGACUUGUAGUUUUGUAACAGCUGGAGGGCCGCCAGUUUGACACCCCUGGUUAUACCGGGAUGAUGCCUUCAACUAAAGGCAUCAU